AUGGUUCAUCCUGAAUCUAUGAAGGAGCAGCCCAGGUGGAGAGCGUGGCGAGAGGGCAGAGAGGAACCACACUGGGAAGCCCAGUGGCAGGACUUCUUGGGGAGGCUGGAUCCCCCUCAGGCCGGGUGGGGGAAGAAACACGGCCCCUGGGAGGACACCAAGGCCUUCCUGGCCUCCUUUGAGCAGGUGGCCCAAGCCUGCCAGUGGCCCAGGGGAGAGUGGGUGGUCCGGCUCCUGCCAGCACUGAGCGGAGAAGCCCAGCAGGCGUUUGAAAGCCUGGAGGCCGGAGACAGGGAGGAUUAUGGGAAAGUGAAGGUGGCCAUCAUGCGCUGGGAAGCCAACCGCAUGGAAACCCUGCGCCAGCACUUCCGGCAGUUCCGCUCCCGGGAGGUGGAGGACCCGCGCCGGAUCUACAGCCAGCUGCAGGAGCUUUGUUGCCGGUGGCUGAGGCCGGAGAGGCACUCGAAGGAGCAGAUCCUGGAGCUGCUGAUCCUGGAGCAGUUCCUGGCCAUCCUGCCGCCGGAGCUGCAGAGCUGGAUUAGGGCAGGGGAGCCAGAAACUUGUGCCCAGGCCGUGGCCCUGGUCGAGGAUUUCUUGCUGAGCCAGCAAGAGGCCGAAGCAGAGAAAUGGCAGGUGAGUCCGAUGAACGUCAAGGAGGCAGGUGUGGCUGUCCGUGUGAUCGAACAGAGCCCGACCGAACUUGGCCCAAGGACCAUGUUUUGGCAAGUCCUACAGGAGGACAGGGAGAAUGUAGAUUCUUUGGAAAAAGAGGAUGUGAUGUGCAUCCAGUUUCCGGAGGAGAGAGAGAGACGCACGGGCCGAGGCUCAGGUGGCGGGAAGGGGAUUCCGCUUAAGGGAAAGAAUUCACCAUGUGGAGAAAGUGAGCCGGAGGAUACAGUGCUGGACUUAACCAACGAGUUGGCGACGACACCGGAGAUUCAAGAGCAAAGAGACAAAUUCAAAAAUCUGGCCGGAAGAAAGCUCGUGAAGGGAAGGGACGAGUCCAGCACGUUCACAGGGAUUCGUACGGCCCCCAGUAGCAAAACCACACUGCACGAGGGUCCCAACCUGCCCUUGGCCUCUGAGUACGGGAGACGAUGCCGCUACAAAUCAGGACUUGUCAUGAUCCAUGCCGGAGAGGACUCCUAUGAAUGCCCCGUGUGGGAGGAAGAAUUCCAGCAAAACCCAUACCUUCGUAACAAGCCAAGAAGCCAUCCUGGAACCGGUUUCUCUGACGGGUGGAGAAACGUGCACCAAGGAGAGGCCUUGCUUCGACAUCCGGCCACCUAUCCGGUGGAGAACGGCUACGAGUGCUCUGAAUGCGGGAAGAGCUUAUCGUGCAGAAGGACGCUCAAGGCCCAUAAGAGAAUCCACACGGGAGAGAGACCCUACGAAUGUUCGUACUGCGGGAAAUUCUUCAGCCACAGCAUGAACCUAAAGCGCCACCAGAAGCUUCACACCGGCGAGAGCCUCUACGAAUGCCCCGAGUGCGGCAAGAACUUUUACCGGCGCGAUAAAUUCAUCGAGCAUCAGAGGAUCCACACAGGGGAGAAACCUUACGGCUGUCUCCAGUGUGGGAAAAGCUUCAGCCACAGAGGGACGCUGGUCAGCCACCAGAGAAUCCACAUAGGGCGCUGACAGAACUUAGACGGCGAAUGCUGGAUUUUUUUGGUCAGAGACUCUCUGAUAGGAACUCUCAUCGUUACACACCUGAGAAUCCCAGAAGCAGA